GGACUGAUCACGUUCGAGGAUUUCUUGUGCGCCUUGACCUAUGCCCGAAAGGAGAACAUGGUGAAGACGGCCCACGAGCGUGAAGUCACGCUCAGGCAGACUUUCCAGAUCUUCGACCGUCAGAACUUUGGCACCAUCAGCCCCAAGGACAUCUGGAACGUUCUCAAAAGUCUGGGAAAGAACAUCUCGCUGGAGGAAAUCGAGGAGAUCGUGGAGGAGAUUGACGAGGAUGGCGACAGCCGCAUCUCCUACCCGGAGUUCAAGCAGGUUGUCCUGGCUGGCGGCGCGUAACAACACCGGCCGCUGACAGCGCCGGAACCUGCCCGGACCGGCCCACCCGCCGGACCCGAAUGGCAUCGACCGACAACGCUCCCACCGCCGACCUGACCGGCACUUCCCCCCCCCCCCCCCGCCUCGAGCACGCCG